GUCGGGGCGGGCCGACGAGGGCGGGGCGUCCGUUUCCACAGAAGCCGAGGGCAGGUUACUAGCAACGUUUGGCUCCAAGGUGGACGCGCUCUGGCCACCGCUGCCUGUUUUGGUGACUCGUCGGCUUCUCCUUCCGCGCUCCCUGCCCUUCCUUCUGGCUUCUUACUCUUCCUUCCGUACUCUCCGCCUGCCGAGGCGACCCAGGGCGGGAAAGACCUCAGAGGCUCCUCGGGCCAUUUUUUCAGCGACUGUGGGAAGCCUGUUGCAGAAGCGCCUGUACAAGAGUCUCUGAGUUGAUGGAGAUGCCUACUAGUGAUGGAAGUUGUUCAGAGGGCCUGCUUUCCUAUCUCAUGCAGGAGAGAGGACCUGUCCCACAGUGUGCCACUGAGAAGCACCCUAGCAGGUUCAAGCAAGACAUCACAAAGAUGGAAUUGGAAGCAACGCUUAAGGAAGCUGAGUCGGCAUCCUGUUCAGUUGAAUUACUUUUGCCAUUAUUUAAGAACACUGUGGAAGAAGUUAGUUUAGAAAAUGCUAAUCUUUCUGCAUCCAAUUUGAAGAAGAUUUUUGAACAGAAGGACAUAUUAUCAAAAGAAUUAGACACUUUUAACCGUGUGAAAUUAGCCUUAGAACAUCUUAUUAAACAGACAGACUAUGAACAAAUAGGAGACAGCUCACCCUGCUUGUUGAAGGAUCUCAGUGACAGUGAGAGUGAGAACAGAAACCUUGAGAAGAAAGUACUUGAAAAGGAGACCUAUAUCCAAGAACUUUCAUGUCUGUUUCAGAAUGAAAAGGAAAGUGCUUUGAAAGCAAACCGGUUUUCCCAGUCAGUCAAAGUAGUACACGAUCGUCUACGUCUCCAAAUUCAGAAGCGGGAAGCAGAGAAUGAAAAGUUAAAAGAACAUGUGCAGAACUUGGAAACCCAAAUAGCCAAGUGGAACUUGCAGGUGAAGAUGAAUAAGCAAGAGGCUGUAGCCAUCAAAGAAGCAAGUAGGCAAAAAGCUGUAGCUCUGAAAAAAGCAUCGAAAGUGUACAGACAAAGACUGAGACACUUUACGGGGGACAUCGAGCACCUCACUUCCCAAAUCAGAGAUCAGGAAGCCAAGUUGUCUGAAACAGUUUCAGCUUCCAAAGACUGGAAAAGUCAUUACGAGAAAAUUGCAAUAGAAAAAACUGAACUGGAAGUUCAGAUCGAAACAAUGAAAAAGCAAAUCACUAAUCUUUUGGAAGACUUGAGGAAAAUGGAAACUCAUGGGAAAAAUUCAUGUGAAGAAAUUCUUAGAAAACUUCACUCACUGGAAGAUGAAAAUGAAGCCCUAAAUACUGAGAAUGUGAAAUUAAAGAGUACACUUGAUGCCUUGAAGGAUGAAGUUGCUUCUGUUGAAAAUGAACUUGUAGAACUGCAAGAAGUAGAAAAACGACAGAAAACCCUCGUUGAAGGAUACAAAACUCAGGUACAAAAGUUGCAAGAAGCAGCUGAAACGGUGAAAAGCAGAUGUAAAAAUUUACUACAUGAAAAUAACAUAAUAAUAAUUAAAAAAAACAAAAAGUUAGAGACGGUUGAUGGAAACCAAAGCCUUCUGACCAAGCUUUCUCUUGAGGAGGAAAAUCAUCUCAUUCAGUUAAAGUGUGAGAACCUUAAAGAGAAAUUAGAGCAGAUGGAUGCAGAGAAUAAAGAGCUUGAGAAGAAGCUGGCCGACCAAGAGGAGUGUCUCAAGCACAGUGACCUGGAGCUGAAAGAGAAGGCUGCAGAAUACACAGCACUGUCCAGGCAGCUGGAAGCUGCUUUGGAAGAAGGAAGACAAAAGGUGUCUGAAGAAGUAGAGAAAAUGUCAUCUAGAGAGAGGGCUUUACAAAUUAAAAUAUUAGAUCUGGAAACUGAGCUUAGAAAGAAAAAUGAAGAACAAAACCAACUUCUUGGCAAAAUGAACACUAAAGCCCAGCAUCAGGAUAUAUGCUUGAAAGAAAUCCAGCACAGUCUUGAGAAGUCGGAGACUCAAAAUGAGAGCAUUAAGAAUUACUUGCAGUUUCUUCAAGUUUCCUAUGUAAUGAUGUUUAGAUAAAUUGUUGAAUUCCUCUGAUGGUUAUACUUUAUGAUUUAUAGUUAGCAGUAUUAGAAUUUGUAUGUGAAGAUACUUGAAACAUAAUUUAUUAUCUAACUGAACUUUAAGAAACAAUAGCUCUUACUAUUCCUUUGUGGUAGAUAAUUUGCAUUGAACUCUGGUUUCAUGCUUUUUAAAAAAUAUAUAUUAAUUUUUAAAGUAUUUUUCCUAUUUAUACAAAAAUCAGAAUUAUUCUUAUGAAUCAUUAAAGUAAAUUUGUAACAAAUCUAGGCCAAUCAUAAGCCAAAUACAUGGCUUUAAAUAAUGUAUUUACUUGUUUUAUAUUGUAAUGCUAGAUAAAUAAAAUAUUCAGAAAUUUAAUUUUAAUAACAGUAUAAGCUUU